UAUUAAAUAUGCUGUUGUCAAUAGGAAUGCUGAUGUUGUCUGCAACUCAGAUAUACACUAUUUUGACAGUUCAGUUAUUCGCUUUCCUGAAUCUUUUGCCUGUGGAGGCAGAUAUUUUAGCAUAUAACUUUGAAAAUGGAACCCAGACCUUUGAUGAUCUACCUGCUAGGUUUGGCUACAGGCUGCCAGCAGAAGGCCUGAAGGGGUUUCUAAUAAACUCAAAGCCAGAGAAUGCAUGUGAGCCUAUAGCCCCACCUCCAUUGAAAGACAACUCGUCUGGUGCUUUUAUUGUGUUAAUUCGAAGGCUUGAGUGCAACUUUGAUGUAAAGGUUUUAAAUGCUCAGCGAGCUGGGUACAAGGCAGCGAUAGUUCACAAUGUUGAUUCCGAUGACCUCAUAAGCAUGGGAUCCAACGACAUUGAGGUUUUAAAGAAGAUUGACAUUCCUUCUGUCUUUAUUGGUGAGACAUCAGCGAAUGCUCUUAAAGAGGAAUUCACUUAUGAAAAGGGUGGCCAUGUUGUGUUAAUCCCAGAGUUCAGUCUUCCUUUGGAGUAUUACUUAAUCCCUUUCCUAAUAAUAGUGGGGAUUUGUCUUAUUCUCAUAGUGAUAUUUAUGAUCACAAAGUUUGUGCAAGACAGACAUAGGGCAAGAAGGAAUCGACUUAGGAAAGAUCAGCUUAAGAAAAUUCCUGUACAUAAAUUUAAGAAAGGAGAUGAAUAUGACGUAUGUGCCAUUUGUCUGGAUGAGUAUGAGGAUGGAGACAAGCUCAGGAUCCUUCCGUGUUCUCAUGCAUAUCACUGCAAGUGUGUGGACCCAUGGCUGACAAAAACCAAAAAAACGUGUCCUGUAUGUAAGCAGAAAGUGGUCCCUUCCCAGGGGGACUCAGAUUCUGAGACAGACAGUAGUCAAGAAGAGAACGAAGUAUCUGAAAAUACUCCCUUGCUUAGGCCACUCGCCUCAGCCAGUACUCAGUCAUUUGGGGCUCUGUCAGAAUCUCAUUCCCAUCAAAACAUGACCGAGUCCUCGGAGUACGAGGAAGAUGACAAUGACAAUAUUGAUAGUAGUGAUGCAGAAAAUGGAGUAAAUGAAGAAAGUGUAGUGGUUCAACUGCAGCCCAGUGAUGACAGGGAGUACAGAGUGGCAAACACUGUUUGAGACUACUAAUGAUGAAAAAUGUUUGAACAAAAGAGUUCUUAUGGCUGUGUUUUACAAACAUUUACAUAGGGAAUAUAUUUUACUUUAUAAUCCAUUUGGUUACUUCAGUAGGAGCAGUUCAUGUAAUAGUACUAUGGUUUAAUCAUACUACAGAUAGAUUUGUUUUUGAUUCUGAUAUUCAGUUACACAUUCUGUCGUCUUGAAGAGUUUAACUGGAUUUCACUGUACUAAUGAAUAAUGUUAAUAGUUUACAUCAACAGAAAUGUCACACAGACUCUACUUUAAAUGUCAGUAUCUUGUUGAAACGGGAUUUAGCUGGA